AUGAAUGCCCAUGCCCACCCAGUUGUGGCCUCCACGGCGUUCGCCCAUGCCCUCCUGCCAAACUCCAGCAGCAUUCGAUCACGACGCACCCCACUCCGCCCAAUUUUUGCAGUGCCGCCGCCAGCCCUUGGACAACUCCCGACGACUCUCCGAGCAACAACCAAGACGCUUCUGCACCCAACGACGACGCCGCCCGUCGUCACCACCACCGCUGACCGUGCUGAAAGCGUUUUCGCCGGCACCGGCGACCGCUUCCACGUGAUGGACUUCCACCACGUCGAGUUCUGGUGCGCCGACGCCGCCUCCGCUGCCGGCCGCUUCUCCUUCGCGCUCGGCGUGCCACUCGCCGCGCAGUCCGACCUCACCACGGGGAACACCGCGCACGCUUCCCGCCUGCUGCGGUCGCGCUCUGGACCUCUCGCGCUCCUCUUCACCGCCCCGUACGCGCGGCACAUCGGCGCCCGCCCCGACGCCGACGCAACGUCCGCCUCCUCCCCCGUGGUGCCCUCCUUCUCGGCCGACGCCGCGCGCCGCUUCGCCGCCGACUACGGCGGCCUCGCGGUGCGCGCCGUCGCGGUCCGUGUCUCCGACGCCGCCGAGGCGUUCCGCGCCAGCGUCGCCGCGGGUGCGCGCCCGGCCUUCGCUCCCGCUGAGCUCGGCCACGGCUUCGUGUUUGCCGAAGUCGAGCUCUACGGAGACGCCGUCCUCCGUUUCGUGAGCUACCCGGACGACACGGGCGGCGUGGCCUUCCUCCCCGGGUUCGAGAACGUCGCAAACUCAUCAGCGUGCCCGGCGCCGGACUACGGACUCAACCGGUUCGACCACAUCGUCGGCGGCGUGCCGGACCUGGCUCCGGUCGCCGCGUACAUCGCCGGCUUCACGGGCUUCCACGAAUUCGACAGGGUCAACGGCGACGAAAUAGGCACGGCCGAGAGCUCGCUCAACGGCCUGGUGCUGGCGGACAGCUCGGAGAAGGUGCUCCUCACGCUGCUGGAGCCGGUGCAGGGCACCAAGCGCCGGAGCCAGAUACAGACGUUCCUGGACCACCAUGGCGGGCCAGGAGUGCAGCACCUGGCCAUGACCAGUGACGACCUUCUCGGCACGCUGAGGGAGAUACGUGCGCGGUCCUCCAUGGGCGGCUUCGAGCUCCUGCCACCGCCGCCGCCCAGCUACUAUGACGGCGUAAAGCGGCUCGCCGGGGAUGUGCUGUCGGAGGCGCAGAUUAACGAGUGCCAAGAGCUCGGCGUGCGGGUGGACAGGGCUGACAAUGGCGGAGUUGUGCUCCAAACCUUCACCAAGGCUGCUGGAGACAGGCCAACCUUGCUCUUGGAGUUUAUCCAGAGGAUCGGCUGCGUGGAGAUAGAUGAGAACGGGAAGGAAUACCAGAGGGGUGGCUGCGGCGGUUUUGCCAAGGAUAACGUCAUUCAUUUGGUGAAAUCCAUUGAGGACUAUGACAAAACUCUUGACGCUCCUGCCCAUGUGGCUUCCUAA